AUGAUUAGGGCCGCUUUGCUAAUUCUUCUCUUCCGAUCUUGCCUGAGAUGCUUCCAGCUGAAAAGUACUGUUUCAAAUUAUGAGCAUCUUUGGAACGUUUUUUUUCCCAGCGUAAGGGGAAGGAGUGCCUACGUUAGGGGUCUUCAGCCGGUAAGAUGUAUCCCCCCAAGGAGGGCGGCAAAUAAAGCACACACGAAGCGAUGCAGAGGACACGCCACAGGUGAAGUGCAAUUUACACGUGGAGACGUGCACGCCAUCCUAAAUAACCAGCUGCAAUAUGUCACGAAACAAAUCCUGCAAGACGAAAAUGUGAACCUACCCAAGCACUGCCUCCUUGAAGACAACAAAAUUUUCGACGAGUAUGAAUACCAAUCAAGUGUGAUUCUAUUUUUGGAGCAUUCUUUAGGGAAAGGAAAAGAUGUACGCAGUGAGGUCCUCCGAAUUUUUGAGGAAGCAGAUGCAGAGCUAAUUGACUCUCUACACAUAUCCCCCAAUGGGAUACUAAACAUUCGUGUUGAUGAUGCGUUCGUGUUGCGGGAGUUUUUGCGGUUUUACAGGGAUGGGGAAGUCCACAUGGGGACAACUCCAGUGAGGGGUGACACAAGUAAUAGUCCCCCCAAAACGGAGAAUCCACAAAGCAAAGAAAAGUCAACUGUUUUGCUAGACUUCUGUGGAGUUAACAUGGCGAAGAAUAUGCACAUGGGACACCUCAAGUCGCUCCUUCUUGGAAGUGCACUGAGUAAUAUUUUCCGUUCCUUGAAUUAUUCUGUGAAGUGUAGAAGCCAUAUAGGAGACUGGAACAUGAAUCUCGCAAUAGUCUUAAGUUUCUUUAUUAUGUUUCCCGAUGAGGUAAUAUCGGGGGGGAAGUUAAAUGGGAGAAAAGCGCUUAUAAACGGUGGAGCUGGUAAAGGUGACACGGUGGAGUCAUACAAAGGGUUUACAACGCCCUGUGUAGCCAGCGGUAAGAUGAAUAAACACGCAGGUGUGGAGCACCCCAUGAGGACAGAUUCUACACAACCUGUAGUAGAGGAACAGUCACAAAACCCCUUGGAGGAAGAAAUGUGCAUGAACUUGCUGAGCAGCUUGAAGGAGGAAAACUUUAAAAAAGGUUAUGAACAGUUGGACCCAUCUAAAUGGGAAAAUAUAAAUUUGCAUAACAUUGAAUUUGCAUACAAAAUGGGGAAGAAGCUUUUUACCACGUCGGAUGUUUUUAAAAGGAUCAGUAAGAAUAGCUUACGCAUGAUGUAUCAGAAGGAUGAAAAGAUGAUUGCCUUGUGGGAUAACAUUUGCAGGAAUAGCAAGAGAGCGAACAAAGAAAUUUUGGAUAAACUGAAAAUCAGGAAGUUGGUAGACAAGGGGGAGAGUUUCUACGUAAAGUUCGUGCCGACCAUAUUGCGGAGACUGGAAAACGCCAAUGUGGUUUUUCAGUUGGGGGGAAAGUCAUGCCUUUUGUUGAAGAGCAAGGGAUGGGGGGUCACCAACAUGAACUCUGUUAGUGGUAACAACGUUAGUGGUAAUAACGUUAGUGGUGAUAACGUUAGUGGUAAUAACGUUAGUGGUGAUAACGUUAGUGGUAAUAACGUUAGUGGUGAUAACGUUAGUGGUAAUAACGUUAGUGGUAACCCCAUCACUGGUGGGUGGACUGCAAACCGGAGGAAGGACACCCACGUACUGAGCAGCCACGAGGACCACUACGACGUGAUGCAGAUGACGCAAGAACUUCUCGAGCAGAUCAGAAAGAACGACGUCGAUGAAUUAAAGAAGAACUUCACCUUACUGACGCUGCAGAACGAUGUGGCCUUCACCUACGCGGCCAUUGACUUAGCCGCAAUACACUAUCGAGUGGUAUAUGAAAAGGCCAACAAAAUAAUUUACGUGGUGGAUGAAAAUCAGAGGAAGCAUUUUAUGCAAAUUUUUUCUAUAGCCAAAUUUGCACAUAUUCUCCCAGACGAUGUGGAAUGUAUAUGUCUGAAUUACGGUUUUGUCCUCAACUCGGAAAACAGAAAAAUGAAAACAAAAGAUUUGUGUAAAGAAAAUAUUUCCGUUAAGGACAUGCUGGAAAAUAUCAAGUCAGCUAAUCCAAAUGCGCAUUACAAAAAUGAACAAACAAAUUUGAACAAAAUGCACAAAGAAGGCUUCCUCUUGUCCUCCCUCAUUUAUUCCUACUUGUCUGUAAAAAAUUAUAAAAGAAAUAUAAUAACAAACAUCCUGAACAAUUAUCACGUGGAGUACCUUUUCAUAAUUAAUUGUUACAAGGAAGUGUCUCCCAUUUUGGGGAAAGUAAAUGAAAGCGAUUAUUCCUCCCUUUUGGGAAUGAGAAAAAACCUUCUGAUUGAAAAUAAUUUAAAAAAGUUGAUGCUGCACAUUUUGCAUUUUAACCAUGUCACGCAGGAGGUGACUCACACCUACAGCGUAGACAGAUUGUGCUCCUUCCUGUUCACGCUGUCUCAGAAAAUGCAGCCCCUAUUGCAGAGCAACUUUGUGAAGAAGUUUAUUCCACAUUUGGAAAGUACCAGCGUUCAUACUUUUUUGAGCAUGUUAAAUUGUUUGAGGAAGGGGGAGGUGCAGCACCAGGUCAAGAGUGCAGCAACAAUAGCACAAAAGAGAACGAAAAACAUCAUCGAUAAAAUGACCCAGACGGAACUUUUUCUUCUCAUCAAGAAUAGCGGCCUGCUCGACCUACGUGAAGACAAAAAUUUACCUGAACAGUCAGACAAAAUCGAAACGUUCAUUUUUAACCGAAUUUUUGAAGUACUCAUUAUGCAGGCAUACCUCACCCUCGUGGGAACAACAUUCAGCAUGCUAAAUUUGCAACUCGUGAAAACUGGCUGA